AUGAACUGGCUGAAGUCAACUCUCUCCGCCGUGGUGGGCACCGAGGAGCCUAUCUAUGGUCCAGAGGCUAUCCAUUCGGUUGCAAAGCAAGCCGAGACAACUCCCUACUCCGAAGUGAACAAGGAUAUUCUGCGCUGGCGCGCAUACUCUUACACCAAUGUUGAGACCCAAACCUUCUACAUCAUGGCCGACAACGGGACUCUGGUUUUCGUGCAGGUUAUCUACAGCAACAUUGUCGGAAUUCACACCACAGCCCAGUUCAACGUGAAGAUUUUCGACCGUAGUGGAAAGGGCGACAACAAGUGGUACUCCGACCCACUUUCUAACUACAUGUUCGACGAGAGCAUGCUCUCCUUCGGCGCCGACAACCUCUCGCUGACCCUCAAUGAGGAGGGGAACUCCUACACUAUCAAGUCCACUGUCAACAGCGGCGCCCUGGUCGAUCUCAAGUUCACCCAGACUGCCCCCGGUUUCGUCAUUGGCACGGACGGAACUUCAUACUUCGGAACCGACGUCAAGAACCCAUGGGGCUCCAUGCGCCACGCUUUCUGGCCCCGAUGCUCUGUCGAGGGUAGCAUCGCCACCAAGGACCAGACCUACGACCUUGGCGGUCGUGGUGUCUUCAUCAUGGCCCUUCAGGGCAUGAAGCCUCACCACGCUGCCGCCCGCUGGAACUUCAUUAACUUCCAGACCCCCACCUACUCCGCCGUCAUGAUGGAGUACACCACUCCCCCCUCCUACGGCUCCACGACAGUCAACGUCGGUGGUAUUGUCAAGGAUGGCAAGGUCGUCUACGCCGGCACAACCAACAAAGUAGCCCAUACAGAGACUGGUCAGGAUGAAGGCAGUGACUGGCCCGCGCCCAAGUCCAUCAAGUGGGAAUGGAGCGGUAAGACAACCGAUGGCAAGGAGCUCACAGCCGAAGUGGACGGCCCCCUCGGCCCGCGAAUGGAUCGCAUCGACGUUAUGGCCGAAGUGCCAGGCUUCAUUAAGAGCAUUGCUGGCAGUGUUGCCGGUACUCGGCCUUACAUUUUCCAGUACUCGCCCCAGGACAAGCUGUCAUUGAAGAUGAAGAUCGGCGACGAGGAGAUUACCGAGGAGGGAACUAUGUUCUCCGAAUCCACCUUCAUCUCGUAA